AUGACGGUCAUAGGGAUAAUUUUGGUUUUUUUGCUGCUUGUUUUGUUGAUUCUCUUCUUCCUGAAACAACAUUGGUCCCGAAGAAAUUUGCCUCCUGGGCCUUUGCCUCUGCCAUUCAUUGGGACCUUAUUGUCAGGUGGGCUUACACUCCGUGAAGAUUACUUCCGUAAGCCUGUAAAACGAUAUGGAACUAUAUACAGCUUAUGGUUUGGGCACCAACUUACGGUAGUGCUGUCUGGAUUCAAAACUGUGAAAGAAGGACUGACCGACUUCCCAGAUGAAUUCUCAUAUCGACCAGAGGAUCCUUUCUUGGAGGCUUUUGGGAAAGGAAUGGGAAUCGUUUUCUCCAAUGGCCACUCCUGGAAACAGCAACGACGUAUUGGCAUCACUUCUCUGCGGAAGCUGGGCCUGGGGAAGAAAAGCAUUGAGCAUCAGAUAGAAGCCGGGGCUCAAACGUUGGUGGAGGUCUUUAGACAAACAAAAGGGCAACCAUUUGACCCUUCACUUUCAGUCCUAAAUGCGGUUGCUAAUGUCAUAUGUGCUUUGAGUUUUGGACAUCAGUUUUCUACAGAAGAUGAAGAUUUCAAGCAGCUGGUUGUCGCUCUUAAAACUAUUUUUAAAUUCUUUUGCGGCUUUUUCCAUGCGGUGUAUGAUUUGUUCCCACAAAUAAUGAAUUACCUACCAGGCCCUCACAAGGAUGCCCUGGGUGCUCUGGAUUUUAUCAUUGAAUUUAUAAAGCAUGAAAUAGAGGAACACAAGGAAUGUCACUCUCUGCACGAGCCGCAAGAUUUCAUUGAUUACUAUCUUCUUCAGAUGGAAAAGAGCAGGAAUGACCCUGACUCUACCUAUUAUGAAGACAACCUGGCUCAGUGUAUUGCUGAUUUUUGUGGUGCUGGAACAGAGACAAGCUUUGGUACACUGAUGUGGGCACUGCUUCUCUUGACAAAUCAUCCUGACAUUCAAGAGAAAGUCCAGAAAGAGAUUGAAGAUGCGUUUGGCUCAUCAGGGUCAAUUUCCUAUCAGGAUCGGAGGAAGCUGCCCUACACCAAUGCUGUGAUUCAUGAAAUGCAACGUUUAAAAUAUGCAUUAAUGUAUGGGAUUCCAAGGCAAUGCAACAAGGAUGUGACGAUGAGGGGAUAUCACAUUCCGAAGGGGACCUUUAUCAUCACAGACCUUCGCUCUGUCCUUCUUGAUCCUGAACAAUGGGAGACACCGGAAGAAUUCAAUCCAAAUCACUUUUUAGAUAAGGAUGGGAAGUUCAUUAACCGAGAAGAGUUCCUGUCCUUCGGAAUGGGUGAACGUGUAUGUGUGGGACAGCAGCUGGCAAGAAUUGAGACCUUCGUCUUUCUGACCAGCCUGUUGAGGGCCUUCAGCUUCCGGUUGCCUGAAGGAGUGAAAGAACUCAAUGAAGAUCCUAUUCCAAAGAUGACAAUGCACCCAUACCCUUACAAACUGUGUGCUAUUCCCAUACAGGCAUAA